ACUCGUCCGACGUGCUACCGUGGGCGUCGGCCUUUUUGACCCACUUGCCCUCAAACUUGUUGUGCUGCCAGACACAGAUGUCCAUGUCCAGUGAGCCCCGCUUGUACCCGCACCGCCCCAGCUCAGCCUCGACCAAGAUCUGAUUGCAAUUGUCGAAAUGCGACGAUUUGAUUGGCCACACGACAAUUCAGUAAAUUCGACUGUUGUGAUGGACGUUGACCUGCAUGCUGACUUAGCGCGGCUGGGCGAGGUCGCUUCGAAAGUGGCGAUGAUGCGAACGUCGGCCGAGAAGGUUCUCGAGGACAUAUGCUCAUCGACGACUGGCUUCCUUGCGGAAGUGUCGAGCUCCAUCAAGAAUGUGGACGCGGCUUGGCAGGCUGCGCGAAAUCACGUCCCAGACAACGCCCGCGCCGCCAUUGUUAGCGACUUUGUGAAAUUUCUCACGGAAUCAUUGGACGUCCGCAACACCGCAGGGCUGUCGCAGUUGGCCCAAGCGUUUGUCGACCAUGACACUGCGACGGUGGACGCGUUCAUCGCCAACUCGAUCAACGUCGUCGUGUUUGCCAAAGCUGCUGCCGCGGUGGCGGUGAAGCACGAAGACACUACCAUAGUACCCUCCACUCCGGACGACCGAUCGAUCCGACUCCCAGAGAAUGUUGCUCUUGUGACGAAAACACCGGAACCAGCUGUGAAGCGACCCCGCGCGUCGUUGGAGGCCGAGCGUACCGUUGUGGACGAAAUCGAACCGAAACGACGCCGCCUGACGCUCUUGGAACCAAACAACGAUGACAUCCGUCCACUACUCUCCGCUGAGGCCGCCACGUCAUUGAUUCCUUCGUCCUCCAUCCAUAGCAAGACACACGAUGUGGAAUCGUUCGCAUCAGCGUUGGACCGGUCGCUGGGCAAAGCCUUCGCAAACAAAUGGCUGCGGGUGGUGGCGCGAGAGCCGUGGACCGACUGGUCCAAUGCGUUCGUGCCGUUUCUACCGGGCCACAGCCCGGGCCAAGUGGCCUUGAACGGCGAAUUGCAAGCAUUUUUUAUCGUGCAUGGUCGAGCAAUGUGGGAGCGGUACUUCUACCUCGGAACAUCGUUGGAUCCUCGCAACACAAUGCCAUCAAAGCGCUUCCGUCGACUCCGCGCAUCCUUCGGUGAACUAGUGCAGAGCCUGUACGCGCUGGAAGGUGUCGACGUGUUCUUGUUCCUGGAAACGUACCCGCAUCCGUUCUGGCCAUCGAUCGUGCAGCACCCGAUCCCGUUGGACACGUCGUUCCCAAGCCAUAGUCGCGCGCUGCUGUCGUACUUUCAGGACCAAUGCACGAAGCGAUGGCCGUCGUAUCAGGGGUACUGGGCGCCCCCCGUGGAAGCCACCACGUCCCCCUCGCACGAAUACGGGUUUGAAACGUUUGAACCCAUGGCGUGUCUCGACUGGAUGGGCAAAUCCUCGUCGCAGGACAAGUGGAUCAGUCCAAAUUUCGUCGCCAAGCUCGUCGCGGAAAUGGCGGCGAAGCGACCGACGUUUGACGCCGCCCAGAGCCCGUACGUGUCUGUGAUCCAACCAGCGAAGGCGCUGCCAAAGCACUGGCGGUUCCCACGCCCCCCCCAGUCCAAGUACACGUGGGAUUCGACCACCCGACGCGUGAUCGACAUGCCCCCUCCCCCCGUUGCCGACCGUACUCCUGUCAAGCUCCCCCGACGGAUGAGUGUCACACCGUCCAAACUGCAGUCUCUGCAGCGGAAAUAAGAGGACUUUCUGCGCGGUCGCUUAGGGUGCCAAUAAUGUCCGAGUGUACUCCACACAACCUCACUGUACUCGGCGCUAAGUGAAUAAGAACCGCCGAUGAUAGACAUGACCGGAAUGGUGGUCGUUUUUUGCAGGCUACUGGGCCAUUCUCAGGAGGAG